AUGGCCACCGAGAAAGGUAUCGACGAUCGAAAGGGCGUCGAGCAUCUCUCCGACAACGAUGCGCAGAGCCCGGACCACCUCGACGCAGACCGCCGAGCCAGUCUGCUAAUUCGCAACGCCAAAGCCGCGACGGACAAGGAACACAAGAUGACCUUGAUGCAGGGUCUGAGGCUGUAUCCAAAAGCUGUAGGAUGGAGUAUGAUCAUCAGUCUAUGCAUCGCCAUGGAAGGCUUCGACUUGUGCCUGCUCAACACAUUCUAUGCCAUGCCACAGUUCCGACGGAAAUACGGCGAGCAGCUACCGGAUGGGGACUAUCAAGUGACCGCACCAUGGCAGGCAGGACUCAGCAAUGGCGCUGUCGUUGGUGAGAUCAUCGGUCUGAUGCUGAAUGGAUGGGUCAGCGAGAAGAUCGGGUACCGCUACACGGUGCUGGGAUGCUUGGCUCUACUCACAGGCCUCUAUGCUCUGUUCUUCACAGCCCAGAGUGUUGAGAUCCUACAAGUCGCUGAGAUCCUGUGUGGUAUUCCUUGGGGUGUCUUCCAAACAUUAACCAUCACGUACGCAUCUGAGGUUUGCCCCGUCGCACUACGUGGGUAUCUCACGACCUGGGUGAACUUCUGCUGGGGCUUGGGACAAGUCAUCGGCGUUGGCAUUGUCAAGGCAAUGAUUAACAGGCGGGAUCAGUGGGCGUACAGGAUCCCCUACGCCCUUCAAUGGAUGUGGCCGCUCCCACUAGCCAUAGCAGUAUUCCUUGCACCAGAGUCUCCCUGGUGGCUAGUAAGGAAGAAUCGAAUCGACAAAGCCAAACACUCUUUGUUGCGUCUUACCUCCCUCAACCGCGAGACCGACUUUGACGCCGACGAGACAGGUGCGAGCUAUGUCGACUGCUUUCGAGGUGCCGAUCUUCGCCGGACGGAAAUCGUUUGCAUGGUGUGGGCCAUUCAGAAUCUGAGCGGGAAUUCGUUCUCGGGUUACUCCACAUACUUCCUCGAACAAGCCGGACUCGCCCCCGAGAACGCCAUCAGCUUCACCCUCGGCCAAUACGGAAUCAACAUGGUCGGCGUCUUCGGCGCGUGGGCGCUCAUGAGCUGGGGUGUUGGCCGAAGGAGCCUCUACCUGUAUGGGCAAUGUGGACUAUGCACCAUGUUGAUGAUCAUGGGCUUCCUCGGACUCGCAAGCGACAAGAAUGCUUCCUCUCUUGCCACGGGCAGCAUCAUGCUGGUGUGGGCUUUGUGCUACCAGUUGACGGUCGGGACGGUCUGUUACAGUUUGGUCGCGGAACUCAGCACCCGACGAUUGCAAAUCAAGACUGUCGCGCUCGGACGGAUCAUGUACAAUAUCGUCGCCAUAAUCUGCAACGUCCUGACCCCGUACAUGCUCAACCCAGGCGAGUGGAAUUGGGGCAACUACGCCGGCUUCUUUUGGGGCGGCAUCUGCUUCCUCUGCAUCAUCUACACCUACUUCCGCGUACCCGAACCACGCGGCCGGUCCUUCGCCGAACUGGACCUCAUGUUCGAGCGACGUAUCGCUGCACGAAAGUUCGCCAAGUACGAUAUUGAUGUCUUUGCUGAUGAGGUCGGUGGGCAUGUGGGCGGGACGAAGGUUGAGGGGUACGAGAAUCUGGACGUUGGCAGGGGCAGUGCUGUCGCUUAG